AUGGCACAGAGUAGCCCAGAUAUGCCCUCCUCCGAGCAAAACAUGGCUUUGAAAAAGUCCUCUCCCUGUCACCAAGGCUUGACGCCCCCAGAUAGCCCAACUAAGGCGACAGCCGCGCCUCAAGCUAUGGUGAAGGAUCUGAAGCAUCUCUUUGGUGUGUUUCUUGAAAAGGUGCUCGAUCUUACCAACCAAGGACCUCCAAACACUCCUGUCUCCAAGGACCAGUCCCCACCAGGCAUCGACGUGGUUCGGCAGGUGCUGGAAUGUGCUUCAGCUGAACUUUCCAUGGCAAAUAACCCUGCUCAGUCUUCUUCCGCAAGAAAUGAACAGGGGAAUGUUCCUGGGCCAGAUGGAUUUGAUCUCAAACAUCCCAUCUGUACAACACCUGAUGAUUUCAAAUCGUUCGAAAAGUGGGCCUCGGCACCCCGAUUCAAGACGGUCGUGGAAACUUGGGACAAAGAAGCCUGCAAAUACAAGAUAGCAGAGCCGGCGGAGACCCGCAGUGGUCUAGACGACUAUGCUGAAUAUGCAUUCAUUGUCCGUGAACGUGUUGAACGGAAUUCUGAGGAGGUGACGCCCUACAUAGACAUCAAAUCGGAAGGCCUACGUGACAUCCUGCGUGUGGUGCUGCACGACAUCAAAGCUAUUAGCCUGAUGGAGGACAAGCCAUCGAUCGAGCAAAACGUCCUUUUCCAUUUCCUCCCGGAGCUCGACAGAUGUGUGGAGAACACGGACAACAGUUCUGACCAUGACUCGGCACAUACGGAGCAUCUCCGCCUGCUCGUCGACCACCUCAAGCAGGCAUAUGCUUCUAUCUCGCAGCGUCUUGAAUCAAUGUUGCAGCACGGUCAUAUUACAUAUGACCUUCUUUGGGCGCUUUUCAAGCCUGGUUGCCAUGUUUAUACUACAUGCAUUGGCACAAAAGAGCCGCGAUGUGUCAAAUUCGACGCGGGAGAAGAAAUAUCCCAAAAUGACGAAACGUGGUUUAAUCUCGAAUGCCGGUUUCUUGAUUAUGACGGAGUGAAGUUCGGCGAGGCCGGAAUCUUUUUGCGUGUGCCAAAGUUCCGAGGGUCAAAGCCGAUCGCGACUCUUGAAGCUUACCCCCUCUGCCACCAUCCGAGUCACGAGGAGGUCCGAAAAGACCUAGUUGAGAGAGGUCAAAGAUUUCGGGAUUUAGCUGGCUCGCACAUUCAGCAAGGUAAAGGCAGUGCAUUCCUCGUGAAUAAGGGGAAGAUUUUCAAAAUCAACAUCAAUAGCCGAGUGGCAGUGGACGCCGCAUUUUUCCAUGAAAUGCAGCCAAACUACUCUCGACCGUCACUCCGCGACCUAGGGGUCAAGGAGAAGGGUGGAAUUGCAGUUUUCGAUAUAGGCGCGAUACUUAUGGAGGACCGCGAGCGAGAGAAGGAGAGGAUGCAAGGAGACGGUGUGGAUGCACAGAAGCUAAGCGAGGCCGAUUUCUUGGUCGCCUGCCCAACAGUAUGCUGUUUCAGCUUCAAGGAUAAAAUGUUCUUGGAGUGCGCAGUUAGUGCUCUAAGGGACGUGAACUGGUCACCGGAAUCAUUUGACUGCCUGCAAAUUCCGCCAGAGAGCAAGACACUCCUCUUAUCAAUGGCCAAAACCCGCUUGGGUCUGAUACCGACAGUACCCUUUGACGACGUAAUUGAUGGAAAAGGUCAAGGCCUCAACAUCCUUCUGGAGUAUGUCGGCAAAUUGUUUAUGUACUAUAUCGAGGCCUCUGUUCUAAUCCGUGUUAGUGGCCCUCCCGGCGUCGGAAAGACGUUCACGGUUGAAGCAACCUCGGAAUAUUUGAAGCAGCCUCUCUAUUCGGUACGAGCCACAGUUAUGGCGCUGAUUGUGGCCUCACUGACAUUCCCAGAUAUCCGCAGGCGAGCUCGUUGUUGACCACGGAGAUUCCAAUGCGCUUGAACAACAACUUGAAACUGUAUUCAAAAUCGCUCAGCACUUUAAAGCCGUGCUUCUCUUGGACGAGGCAGAUGCAUUCAUGGAGCAACGUACAUCCUACCAUGAUACUCACAACCGCCUGGUGACCGUUUUUCUCCGAAAGCUGGAAUAUUACCAGGGAAUCCUAUUCUUGACUUCGAAUCGGGGUAUUCAGUUUGAUGAUGCAAUCCUUAGUCGGAUCCAUUUAAUCGUCAAGUAUAAAGACUUGACGAAGGAGUUUCGCAGAGAUCUCUGGUCGACUUUUCUGUCCAAGGCAUGUACGAUGCAAGGACCAGCGCUUGUUAAGGAGCACGACAUCCGACGAUUGGAGUCUCUAGCUCUGAAUGGACGAGAGGUAGGUGACUGAGCGACGCCCUUGACGGCUCUCUUGCUGACAAAUCGUGGACUAGAUCAAAAACAUUGCAGCAAUUGCACACGCUCUCGCUGAGGCUGACGUCAGCCAGGUGAACUACAAAUACUUGGAGUUAGCUGCGGAAUCAAAUAAGAAAUUUUCAAAGGAGUUCGGUCGAGAGAGGCCUGCUGAUGGAAUGUAUGUCUGAGAGCAUACCUGGGAAAGUCAUGUGGAUAAUCUCGUUCAAGGUUGUCGAGCGGUGGGCGUUUAUCGCAAUAUUUUCGGUUUGUACACGACAGAUCCAUAAUAUCGGUCCUGAAGCUUCAUAGUUGAAUCAAUGUUUUCAUAUCAUUCAUGGCAUCACACAAAGUCAAGUCCGAGAGCCAGGAUUGGAUGAUCAAUCCGUCAUUGUCAACACUUAUAGAAUCGUAUAUCACCUGAGGCCAGUAGAUGCAGCGUAGAAGCGGGCAUCGAGAAUGAUAAUAGAUUGAAAUCCUGACUAAUUUAUGCGGAUGCGUGCCGGAAAUGCUUCAGAAAUGCUCCAUACUUCAUUAUCAUGCGUAAUUGAAUUGCUAAUCCAAUAAAUGAGCACCCGUCUUCAUUUCACACGAAGACGUUUUGCGUCAACUAUCUCUGGUUGACGUAGUCGACGUUUUGAGACUCGCGGCCGCUGCAAUGUCGGUCGAGAUUUCAGCGUGCAGCGGUGAAAGUCGAUGAUCAACGCCCGCCCAAGCUCUUCAUUCCACAGAACGUUAUCACGCCGAAGGUCUUCGUGGAUGAUUCCCAAAGUUUUGAUUUCUCUGUUCGAUCUGUGAAUCUCAUGGAGGAGCCCAGGCGUGAGCUCCAUCAACGCUGCACUUUCGCCUCCCCAGCCCAUCACGAGCAUAUGGCGAAUCUCUCCAGCACCGUGAAGGAAAUAAAUUUUCGCCAAGUCGAUUGUACCCAAGAAAACAGGAACAGCGGACCCUUGUGCCUUGUGCAAAAUUCGGUAUACCUCCGCUUCGCGCGCUUCGCGGGAGACUUCUUGCCACAGCCUAGAUGUGGUCCCUUUUCCGACGACAGUGUAGCCAUAUGUGAUACAAGUAAGUUUGAACGGCGCACCGUAUGCCCCGCAUCCUCCAAGGGGUGUGCAUCGGUCAAUGUUUUCGUCCAAUUGUGCUUUGAGUAGACGGACCAAGUCUUCUGAAGUAAUCGGAUGCUGCUGAUCAUCUUUGCUUCGACGAUGGAGCAUCACAUUUGGACAACAGUCGUCUAGAAGACCGCCAGUCUGCAACCCGAGUAAGCAUCUCUGGGUGCAAAAUUGCGCAUCGCGAUGGCGGGACUGGCUGUCUGUGCCCCUAUCAUCGAUUGUCUCUCUUUGUCGAGCUACGCGUUGGGCAGAUGGAGAAGACGGAACUUGACUGAAGGUUCGUUUGCGGCGCGUUGCUGGGUUGGAAUCGGGGUCGGGAGAUUGGGACGACUGUGAGCGAUGCCUCACAUCGGAUGGGGCACAGCUAACUCGAGAUCUAGUAGACACUUGACGAGCUAUUAAUUCGGGGGGAUCUGGCGGUGAUGACGAUGGUUCAUAGGUCGAACCAGAAUCUGGGCUUGGAAAUUCGGGCGCGGUACUGUCGGAGUUGAGAGGAAGUUGCCGGAAUUCGUCUUCGGGAAUGUGAGAGCGAGUGUGAUCGAAACUGGUCUUCCAUAUAGGAAUGUCUGGUCGUACGGAAUUCCUCCACUCCUGACCUCGCACAGGCGAGCGGAAUGCCAUCAGACACAAAGACAGUGUUCUUGCGACAGAUGUAUUUUCAAGGGUAGCUUCCAUUUCCAUAUCCACUUCGCUAUUUGGAUCACAUAGAAAGUAGUAGAGCGUGCCAGGAUUGUUUCGCGGAACACGAAGAAGAACUCGAGCAAUCCCGUUGGUCACGUAGGAGAAUUCCAGCCCUUCUUGGAUCAUCACAUGAUACUCCUGAACAAUGGCAGAACAGACAAGACGCUCUGCAUUGUACCGCAACUUCGCAUCUUUGUCCGUGGGCAUUUUAUUUGACUUGACCAUCUCCUUCCACAAGUCCAUUGGCCGCAGCCCCAUACGCAGGGUGGGCACAGAAAGCUUAUGAGGCGGUUUAUAUUCGACAGAUGUGAGGAGGGUGGUAGUUUUGCCAUCGACACGAUGGAUGCAGAACUGAUCAGGCCUUGGGUGGUGUACACUUGAUGGUUGGCUUGUAUCCGCUUCAGGAGCUCUGCUAUCGUUUAGGGAAUUCGUAUGAUUGCUGAAUUGAAUUCCAUCGCCAAGGCCGAACUCGUCGCGAGCAGCUGGUAGUUUGCACAACUCGGUAAUUAUAUCGUGGACAUGCUCUUCCACAGUGAAUCGCUCAAAGGCCUCGAGUUCUUGCUCGCUGCUCAUAGGCAUGCGACAAAGUCGUCGGCCUAAUCCUUCUAGCUCAGGCAAGGAUGAAAACAAAUGACGCGCCCCCCCUGGUGUCAACUGGAGGUACCUAUAAACAGACUUGUACAGCUUUGACAGUUGUGUUGAGCAGUCGCUCCAGUGCUCCAAUCGUUUCGGGCAAUGUUUUCCGGUGGGAAGAGGGAUUUUCCCAGUAGUCGAGCGAGAUGGUGUCUCCACUCUCAGCGGUUGGCAGAGCAGGUCAUGGGAAUGGCGCAAGAACUCCGCGAAAGUAGUCGGUCGGCUGCGCUCCUCAAGUUGCUCUAGUCUCGCUUUCUCCCGUCUCCCUUCAUCCUCGGCCUGCUCCCGCCUCUCCUUCUCCCGCUCGGCGCCCGGUGGCAAAAGAAAAAUCAAAGCGGGGUGUGUCGGCGGUGAGCGGUGGCCAAUUGCGCCACCACUCGGCCC